CCUUUUAUCUUUCUCAUUCUUACUUUAUUUACUUUUCUCCUCUCUACUUGCUUCACCAAUUUCUCAUUAAAACUCAUGUCAUUAACAAAUAAGACUAUUUUUCAUGCACAUGAGUAGCAAUUGAUUAUGCUUUAUUAAAGUUUGAUAUUUAUUUUUCCCUUAAAAUCAUAAUAUGCCCAUUACAAAGUUGGGUUAAAUUAAUAUUCUCUUAGGACGCGUUUUAUAGACAGGAUAAACAUGGAAACGGUUUAUAAUCAGGGUUAUUCCAUUGUUUUAUAGCCUGGAUAAAAUAAAGCAGCGGCCCGAAAAAAAGUCGGCGGCCUGUCCAGGCCCGCGUGAACAGUGCGUCUUUUCACUAUUUGGCUGGGUGAACUUAUCCACCAAAAAUUGCAAGGUUUAUUUACUGUUUGAGGUGGAUUUCCCUCAACCCCUUCAUUUUUCCAAACUCCCACUCUCCGCUGAAUUGAACGCUCAAUUUUCAAACCCCUUUAUUUACUGUUUGAGGUGCACAUCGAUGACCACUCAUUAUGCCAUGGCUGCCGCUGCCAUCCACUCUCUCUCGAGCACCCCUCUCUACUCGCAUUCACGUCUCUCCCCACCGUCGCCGGCUCCAUGGCCGCCGUCGUUCGUGACCUAGCGGUACUGGUGGCGGUCGUCGAGUUCGGGAAAUCGGCAAUUAUAAUUUCCUAGAAUGAAAUCUGAGUCUUCUCUCUCACAAAUGGAUUUCCAUCAUACCCCUCCAUUCCCCCAAACUCUCUCACAGAUGGAUUCAGAAAAUUGGGUAGCUAUGAAUUGAAUUUACAGAUCCGAGCCUCCUUUGAAACAUUUUUUUUUUCGAUUUUGUUAAGAUUCUCGCUCGUAAAUUUUGGUCUUGUAUCGAUCUUUUUGAUGGAUUCUGUGUCGAUUUUAUUGGGUCGAAAUUCUGGGUUGAAAUUCAUGAUGAUGAAGAUGAUAUUUGCUUGAAAUUUUGGGUUCAAAUUCUGGUAAUUGAAUUUCUGGGUUCAUGUUCUUGUAUUUCAAGUUUUGGGUUCAUUUUCUCUUUAGCUUUUUGGGUUCUUGUAUUAAUCCCAAAAAUUAUCAAGUCUAUAAAACAACACUAUGAAAAACGUUAUCCAUACAUUAUCAUACUUUUGGCCCGAAAAAUUUAUCUUAAUUUAACAAUCAUGUUAUAUCCCAUCCACACUAUAAAACGAGUCCUUAGUCUACUAAAAUAGAAACUCAUAAUUUUUUUGUCCGUUUCCUAAAAUUAGAAACUUUUCAUUUUAUGAAAUGGACUCUGCAAUCAACUAACACUAAUUCCAUUACUUUUUAUCUUCUUUUGUCUUACAUUACUCAUUUUUCGCUUCUUUUCUCUUACUUCACCAAUUUUGCAUUAAAACUCAUACCAUUUUUAAAGUUCCUAUUUUUAGAAAACGGAGAGAGUAGUAAUUUUAGUUUUGGCUAAUGAGGAAAUAAUAUAGUUGUUCAUAUGGAAAUUAAGUACUUUAUCAUUUUCUGGUUUUCUUGAAAUUGUUAGUGUUGUUUCUAGCUUAUGUAUACAUAUUAGGAUCAAUAGUUGAUACUCUAUUCGUCUCAUCGUAGUGGCGUUCUAUUUGUUGAUUCUUCGUCUCCAUAUAGUAAUUGAGUCAUUUUUCUUUAUUUUCAAUCAAGAUUAUUAUUUUUUCUGAUUUAUUCUCUUUUCCAGUAUCUAUUUGACUCUUUCUUCUCUCUUACUUAUCUAAUUUUUUUCAGGUACAGGGGACUCUUAAAUUCUACUAUUAAAUAUUUUAGUAUUUUUAGUUAUCAUGCUAAAAUUUGGCCAUAUUGAGUUUAUUAAUGUGUAGAUCAUAAUCUCUCUCAACUCCAGAUAUAUCACAUUGCUCGUAGAUACAUCGUAAAAGGGAGUGACUGAAUCGGAAAAUCAAUUCAACACCAAUAAACAAAAAAAGAGAAUUUCACAAAGAAGCAUGGACACGAUUGCCAGGGUGUCGGGGAUGAUAGAAGAUCUCGAGAGUUUGCAUGCUACAUGUACGGAUAUCGACGAGCGUUUGAUGUUCGAGAACAAAAUUGAAGAGCUGAAAGAGAUAUUGGAUUUCUUGAGAGACUUGAAAUUGAAAGAGAGGAGCAGGCUAAAAUAUUUAAUGGUUGAAUUGGUUAAGUUGGCUCAAGAUGUCAUGGACGUGGGCAUUAAUGAUUACCGUACCACUCGCAAGUAUGCGAGCCUCCAGGAUGAGAUCAAGGCGACAAAGACGCGGAUGAUAAGCUUUGGAGAUGGAGAUGAAGCAGAGGAAAUUGUGGUGGGGUUGGAGGAAGACGUGAAGAAGUUGCUUGACAAUUAUAUUUUAACAAAUUUGUCCUUCCGGAUGUUGUCUAUAAAGGGAAUGAUUGGUAUCGGGAAGACCACUCUCGCCAGACAACUGUACAAGGCCGGCGCUAGCCAGUUCCAGCGUCAUGCUUGGUUACACAUUUCUGAGUUCAUGAGUGACAAAGAGAUACUUAUAAAACUGGUACAGAAAAUGGUGGUAGGAUAUGUGGAACUCAAUAAAAGAGAAUUGGCAUACGAAGAAAUGGACACCGAUAGGCUCCAAUAUAUGCUUGGCUAUCACCUGUACGGAUUGUCAUAUUUCAUAGUGUUGGACAAUGUGUGGAAAUAUUCAGAUUUGAAGUCCAUCUUGGAAGCUCUUCCAUCUAGAGGCCAGACUGGAAGCAGGUUGUUGCUGGUAACAAGUUGUAACAGAAUGAAAACAUACGAUUUUGGUUAUAAUUAUGAGAUGAAUGUUUUGGAUUCUAAUAAGGGUUGGAAAUUGUUUUUGAAAACAGUUGAUAAAAUUACAAGUGUUGAGAACAAAUUCUCAAAGGAGUUGGAGAGGAAGGGAAGAGAGAUGCUGAAAAAAUGUUGGGGUUUGCCGAUAGCUAUAAUAGAUGCUGCAAGGCAGAAAGCAAAACAAAGACUUUCUGGGAUUGAAUGGGAAGUACUUUUUGAUUCAAUUGAUUUGAGUGAAACGUUAAAGUUAUUGGAACCGAUGUAUAGUUCCAUGAACGAUGAUUACCAGGUACGUUUCUUGUAUAUGUCCUUUUUUAAGGAAAAUGCAAUAAUGAGAGAAGAAAAGUUGGACCAGAUUUGGGCUGCAAAUGGAUUAGGCUUAAGAAACCUUACAGAGGGUUUUGCUCAGAUUUCGAUUCUUAAAGUCGUGAAGAAGCACUUUAGAGAAAUAAGGUGUCACCUCCAUCCUCUAUUACACAUGAUAUCAAUCCAAAAGGCAGAAGAGGAAAUGGGCUUAGAGAUAUUAAGGAACAAUGGAAACAACAGGCCCUCUCAGAAUGCCCGUCAUCUUGUUAUCCAUUGUGGCAGAGACAAGUUUAAUCAUUUCACGAAUGAAGAUAGCAACCAACUUAUUUCUCUCAUCUUCCAUGGAGGUGGUGGCUACGUAGAAGGAGCUAGCUCGUCUUAUUGGGAGAGUUUUGAACAACUCAAAAUACUUGACAUGGAAAAUUUUGGGGUGAAGACUUUAUUCGAAGAAAUCGGAGCAUUGAUUGAGUUAAGAUAUUUGGGAUUGAGAAACAAUUACAUACAAGAGAUCCCAGACUCACUGGCACAUCUGGAAAACCUCGAGGUUUUUGAUAUAGCUCGGAACUUUAUGGUGGUGGUCCCGGAUAUUAUAUGGCGAAUGGGCAACCUUCUUGCUCUCCACAUGUCUAAUGUGAUUUUCCAGAAGCCUCUGAAAGUAGAUGCGCUGCAGAAUCUGGAGACCCUAACAUCCAUCUCGAUUUAUGAUUGGUCGACAUAUGAGGUCUCGAGCUUGAAGCCAUUGCGUAAAUUCCGAAAGUUGGGCAUUGAAGAAGUUGAUGAAAACUCAGAUGUAGGCACACUCUUUGCAACACUAGCUAAGAUUGCCAACAUUGAAGAGCUUUUCAUAAGAGGGUUUCGUUAUAGAAGCAUGCCGUGUUUGGAUGAAAUUGGUGUUUUAGAAAGACUCAGUGUGCUAAAACUAGAUGGGCGUAUAGGUAGGCUACCAUGUGCAGAUUGUAUGCCUCAGUUGCUUAUGUACGUAGCAUUGGUAAACACUUGUCUUGAUGAAGACCCCAUGCCAAAUUUUGAGAAGCUCGGAUCCCUAAUCUACCUCAAACUGCAAAAUGCAUACACUGGUCGAGAAAUGGUAAUCCGUGGAUUUCCAAGGUCCAUAGAACUUUGCAUCAAUGAAUUGUGGAAUCUAAGAAAGAUACAAGUUGAUGAUGAUGCAAUGUGGAGUGUCUGGAAACUAGAAAUCAAUAGCUGUCCACAUCUGGAGACACUCCCGGAACAAAUUUCGAGGAUGUCUGAACUGCAAGUGUUUAAGAUGGUAACGACCAAAUACAUUGCAAGAAUGAUCAGGAGCUCAGGUUUGACCUCCGAAAUUUUUGAGGUGGAUAUUGAUCCGUAGUUUGAAGUUGAUAUAUAUCUGAGAGAUACAAGUUGUAGAAGGUGCAAUGUCGACUGAUGUGUGUACCUCGAUGAGCAGAGAGACAGAGGCCGAACUCACCGGCUUGGCCACUUCUUCACCACGGCCGACAGUUCAUCGCACAACGGUAUCUUGAAGAUUUUGUCUACGAUUGUUUCCAUAUUUUAUCCUUUAUUUUUGGUAUCUCAUUAGUUUCCAUGUGUCGAGUCGAGAAUAAUUAUAUGCUCUAUUCAGGGUUUUCUUUGUCGGUUCUUUCCCUGAAUGCAAAACAGAGUUGAACCGCAUAGGUGUAAAUAAGUAUAAAUAGAUCUAUUGUAUUCCAUCUCAAUCAGGAAACACAAUAUUACCGUAUUUAUCAAUUUCUUCUCCCCUCUUUUCUCGACUUAGGGUUUCUAGUGUACUUUAUUUCAAUGUACUGUGUAUAACACUGGAGUUCAAUUAUUUAUCCUUAAACAUGCAACUUAUACAA